AUGGAUUUCAAUUGGGACCGCACCAAGAAGAGCAAUACAUCGAGAACCAUUCAUGCCUACUCGAAUGCACCAUUCAUCGAGUUGUUUGUCGACAUUGCUUCCCAAGGAAUACUUCCCUUGGCGACCAUGGUUCGAGGCGAAGGGUCGUAUGCUGCGGAAUUCGAAGACGUGGAAUGGAAGGCCUAUUGUUCUCUUGCAGCAGUUGCUCGGAUGGAAGAAGAUGACGACGCUGAAGUAUCCACAGAAGUCACAACUUGUGGUCCUCCACUCGCUUUGAAACUGAGUAUCCAUUGCCCUUUGCCUCACACUGGGACAGGAAGUGCCCUCUUUUGA